GUGUGUGUGACUGAGCUCACACCAGCUCCCUCCCCGGGGAAGCAAGGAAGGAGAAGUGGGUGGUUUGGAUCAGACGCUCAGACCUCGACUCUCACUCUUGCAGCAGAACAGCAACACAGAGCCAUGGCACAGCUUAAAAUAAACGGUAGAGCCUGCGAUCCCGAGAAUAAAUUCUGUCGUUCCAUCUCCAUGGCAGCCCGAUCUGGCAGACUGCUGGAAAUUUUAGAUGAUUUAGAACUCAGGGUUGAAUCGAUGCGUGAAGCAGCAAUCUCCAUAGAACAAGAGAAGGAGUCCCUGCUGGAGCUGAUCCAGAGUGUACAAAGCAGCCAAGAAAUGAGGAAUAUUAGUGAUGGGGAAAGGGAAGAACUUAAUUUGACAGCGAAUCGCCUCUUGGACCGUACUCUAACUGUUAACAUUUCCCUGGAGAUCAUUCGUAGCCCUCAGCAGGAGGAAUUCCUGGGGAAAGCCACCGCCUUGAUCGAUGAGAUCGCUAACCAGAUCCUCAAAGACUUGGGCAGUGCGAAGGAUCGUCUUAUGGCCAUGCAUAAUGCCUGCACCUCAGAGGCUCUGCCUGGCCCGGUCGAUCAGAAGUUUCAAGCCAUAAUGAUAGGCUGCGCCUUGGAGGAUCAGAAGAAACUUAAAAGGAGAUUGGAAACCUUGAUCAGGAACGUGAGCAACGCAGACAAGUCUAUCAGGCUCUUGGAUCAACAGAAAGAGAAGCCUACCAUUAAUAGCCAUCCAUUAUAAACUCCACGUCACUGUGCCAGGCGGAAAUAAAACAAUUUAAACAGUAGCUCAUUGGAAAAGGUACACAUUACAAUUCUAAAGUUUCCCGCAAGAGAUGUCUAACAACUAGGACUACCAGCCACCGGACUAAUCCUAAUAAAGAAAUCCUAAACAAAGAAAUAGAUAUAGUCCUAAUGGAACAUUGCACUCAAUUUGGAUUCCCCACAUAUGGAAUAAUAAUCCUUGCAUUUAAUAUAGCACCUUAUCAUAUCAU